UCUCUCUCUCUCUCUCUCUCUCUCUCUCUCUCUCUCUCUCUCUCUCUCUCUUCUUCUUCUUCUUUUUCUCCGGCACCGUUUCCGGCGAAAUUCCGGCCCGGAACUUUUUUUGUAUCUCUCUAUAGAAACUGCUCGAAAUUUCCUCCCAACACAGCCAAAUUUUUUUUAAAAAACGUGUCAAAAACUUCAAGGAGUCUUAAGAGGACCACUACAGUCCAAAACACUUUUUCUCUAUAUAAUGGACCACCGGCCGUCACCCACUUUCCCUCCUUUGCCGGCUACAUUUCCCGGCUAAAAAUAAUGCCUGCCCAAAAAAAUGCCCCUUAAAAACAUCAAAUUUACAUAAAGCCACGUCCUUUGCAUUUUAAUACAUCAUACGUCAGUAAUUAUAGGGGCUUUUCUGGUAUUUUAACGAAAUGGCUGCUACACCAAAUACAACCACUACUUUAGCCACCGUGGACUCCACCGUCGGCGGCGGCGGAGGCUCGGUCGACGAGCUUAAUGCUAAGGCAGUGCACAAGAGGUACGAAGGGCUUGUGAUGGUACGGACAAAAGCUGUAAAAGGGAAAGGGGCUUGGUAUUGGGCUCACCUUGAGCCUAUUUUGGUCCAUAAUUCUGAUACUGGACUUCCUAAAGCUGUUAAACUCCGUUGUUCUUUAUGCGACGCCGUUUUUUCUGCUUCAAACCCUUCAAGAACUGCCUCUGAACAUCUCAAAAGAGGGACUUGUCCUAAUUUCAGCAACUCUGUUGCAAAGCCCAUUUCUUCUGUGCCACCAACUACUCCUAACGUCACUUUAACUCCGUCAACAACUCAGCAAAAUCACCGUAAACGGAGCUCUUCUGGUGGUGGUGGAGGUGUGGUACGUGGGGGUAGUUCAAGUGGGGGUGGGGGGAGUGUGACUACGACGUCGUACCAAGUUCCACCUUUAGCAAUUGUUGAUCCCUCUAGAUUUGCGGUUGACUUAGCCUAUUCCCCUGUUGUUUCAAUGGCUACUACAAUUGUUACUGCUACUGGUGGCAGUGGUGGUUGUACGGCAGGCAGUGGUGGUUGUACAGUUGGUAGUGGUGGUGGUGUGUAUGCACAUCAGCAUUUGAUGUUGUCAGGUGGUAAAGAAGAUUUAGGUGCUUUAGCUAUGUUAGAAGAUAGUGUGAAAAAGCUAAAGAGUCCUAAAGCAUCACCUGGCCCAACAUUAAGCAAAUCCCAAAUUGAUUCUGCACUUGAUUAUCUUGCUGAUUGGGUCUAUGAAUGUUGUGGGUCGGUCUCGUUUUCGAGUCUUGAGCAUCCAAAGUUUAAAUCUUUCUUAAACCAAGUUGGUUUGCCGCCACUCUCAAGGAGAGAUUUUGUGGGUUCAAGAUUGGAUGCUAAGUAUGAGGAAGCAAAGGCUGAAUCCGAGGUGAAGAUUCGUGAUGCUAUGUUCUUUCAGAUUGCAUCCGAUGGUUGGAAGUCGAAGAAUUAUGGUGAUGAGAAUUUGGUUAAUUUGUCUGUGAAUCUUCCCAAUGGGACCGGCGUGUUUAGAAGGGCCGUGUUCACUAGUGGAUACGUGCAUUCUAAGUAUGCAGAGGAGAUUUUUAUGGAGACCAUUUCUGAAAUUUGCGGCAACAGUUUGCACCAAUGUGUAGGUAUAGUGGCAGAUAAGUUUAAGGCCAAGGCUUUGAGGAACUUAGAGAAUCAGCAUCAUUGGAUGGUUAACCUUUCUUGUCAGUAUCAAGCGUUUAAUAGUUUGGUUAAGGAUUUCGGUAAGGAGCUUCCUUUGUUAAAGAAUGUAACUGGGAAUUGUCUAAAGCUUGCGAAUUUUGUUAAUAACAAGUCUCAAGUUCGGAAUAGUUUUCACAAGUAUCAAUUGCAGGAGUAUGGACAUGCUAGUUUACUGAGAGUACCAUUGCGAAGUUAUGAAAGAUCAGAUUUUGAACCUGUGUACACAUUAGUGGAGGAUAUACUGAGCUCAGCACGUGCACUUCAAUUAGUAUUGUUGGAUGAAUCCUAUAAGAUAUUGUCUAUGGAGGAGCAAAUUGCUAGAGAUAUCGAAGAGAUGAUGAGGAGUCCACAUUUUUGGAAUGAACUUGAAGCAGUUCAUUCACUGGUAAAACUGAUUAAGACAAUGGCACAGGAUAUCCAGACAGAGAAGCCGCGUAUAGGGCAGUGCCUUCCUCUUUGGGAGGAGCUUAGGGUGAAAGUGAAGGAUUGGUGUUCGAAGUUUCACAUUGUCGAGGGACCAGUAGAGAAGGUGAUUGAAAGGAGAUUCAACAAGAACUAUCAUCCUGCUUGGGCUGCUGCCUUUAUACUUGACCCUCUCUAUCUGAUUAGGGACAAUAGUGGCAAGUACUUGCCUCCAUUUAAAUGUCUGACACCAGAGCAAGAGAAAGACGUGGACAAGCUCAUAACCCGGCUUGUCUCUAGGGAAGAGGCUCACAUUGCGUUAAUGGAGCUUAUGAAAUGGAGAACUGAAGGACUUGAUCCUGUGUAUGCUCAAGCUGUACAAUUGAAACAAAGGGAUGCCAGCUCUGGAAAGAUGAAAAUUGCAAAUCCACAAAGUAGCAGACUUGUGUGGGAAACUUACCUAACUGAAUUUAAGUCACUUGGCAAGGUGGCAGUUAGGCUAAUCUUCCUUCGUGCAAGUUCAUGUGGUUAUAAGUGCAACUGGUCUUUCUUGAGAUGGGCGAAUGCUCAUUCCCAUUCAAGAGUGGGUAUGGACAAGGCGCAAAAGUUGAUAUUUGUUGCUGCUCAUUCAAAGCUUCAGAGGAGGGAUUGUUCUAAUGAUGAAGAUAAAGAUGCUGAGCUUUUUUCCUUGGCAAACAGUGAGGAUGAUGUUCUAAAUGAGGUUUUUGUUGAUACAUCCUCUGUGUAGUGUUCCUUUUUUCUUAUUUAUUUAUGACUACAUUAGUAGGAAUUUUUUUCUGAAGUAAUGAAAUUCUUUCCACACUGUCGUGCUUUCUAGCAUGAGCAGAGUUGUUCACUCUUAAAAUCAGUGAUGUGCAGAACAGCUUCUUGCUUGCUAAGAAAAAGCUGAUUGAGAGAAGUUGCAGGACAGAAAUGUUUGUACUGCUUUUGUUCUUAGGUAGUUUUGGAACUCAUAAAUUUUGAUGUAGAGGGAAAGGUUUUUGUUUCCCUUUUCUUGUAAGAUCAGAAAUUUACUCUUGAAUAGAUCCUAUUAAUUUGAUGAAAGUUCGUUCA